AUGUUGCUUUCCCGCUCCGUGGCGCUCUCCAUCCUCGCCACCUUGGGCGUUAACGGUCUCGUUAUUCCCAACAUUGGUGACGUUAUCGACGUAUUCAAGUCGACUUCCACUGACUUGGCUGCUCUCAAGGAAGACAUUUCUCACAAAACAGAGCAGUUUGUACUGGACUUAAAGGCCUCGGGCCACAAGUUGGUGGCUCCAGAGAACGCCGCCCCCUUGUACUCCAAGGAGGGCCUCCGUGAUGUCAUUCCCCACAAGUACAUUAUCGUGUUCAAGGACGGCGUGUCGAAGGACUACGCCGACUUCCACGCUAACUGGGUUGCUGACAUCCACGCUCAGGAGGUUGGCAAGGCCGACAAGUCCGACCCAUUUUUCUCCACCUUGGACGUGGAGAAGGUGGAGGGCGGUAUCACCGAUACCUUCGACGUGGCCAACACUCUUUCUGGAUACACUGGCUAUUUCUUGGACUCUGUCGUGGACUUGAUUCGUCGUGACCCUGCGGUUGCUCACGUGGAGAAAGACUCGAAGGUGUACGCCAACGAGUUUGACGUGCAGAAGGGCGCUCCUUGGGGCUUGGCUAGAAUCUCUCACAGACCUCCUUUGUCCUUGAGCUCGUUCAACCAGUACCUUCACGACACUGAGGGUGGUGCUGGUGUCACCUCCUACGUGAUUGACACCGGUGUGUACGUGGACCACAGCCAGUUCGAGGGCAGAGCAAAGUGGGGUAAGACUAUCCCAACAGGUGACACCGACAACGAUGCCAACGGCCACGGUACUCACUGUGCCGGCACCAUCGCCUCUAAGGACUUUGGUGUUUCUAAGAAGGCUCAUGUUGUUGCCGUGAAGGUGUUGGGCUCUAACGGUUCCGGCUCCAUGUCUGAUGUACUCAAGGGUGUGGAGUUUGCUGCCAAGUCACACCAGGAAGACGCCAAAUCUGGUAAGAAGGGUUUCAAAGGAUCCACUGCCAACAUGUCUUUGGGUGGUGGUAAGUCUCCUGCUUUGGACAUGGCCGUCAAUGCUGCCGUCAAGGCUGGUCUCCAUUUCGCUGUGGCUGCUGGUAACGAGAACCAGGAUGCUGCCAACACCUCUCCAGCUUCUGCUGAGUUGGCUGUCACUGUCGGUGCCUCCACCAUUUCAGACGCCAGAGCCUACUUCUCGAACUACGGUGACACUGUGGACAUCUUCGCCCCAGGUCUCAACAUCUUGAGUACCUACAUUGGCUCAGACACCGCCACCGCCACUUUGAGUGGUACCUCCAUGGCUUCUCCACACAUUGCUGGUUUGUUGGCCUACUUUGUGUCGUUGCAGCCAGGCUCUGACUCUGAGUUCUUCGUGUCCGAUAAGGGCGUUUCUCCAGGCCAGUUGAAGAAGAACUUAAUCAACUAUGCCACCAAGAAUAUCUUGACCGAUAUCCCUAACGACGGUACCCCUAAUCUCUUGGCUUUUAACGGUGCUGGACACAACUUAACAAGCUUCUGGAAUGGCGAGGCCGUUGAGGAGACCGAGGAGAAGGAGAAGACAGUUUCUCUCGGUGCCAAGGUUGACGAGUUGAUCGCCAAGGUGGAGAAAGAUUCGUCCCACCUCGUUGACGACGUGAAGAAGUUGGUGAGCGACCUCUACAACAAGGAGUAA